AAGGCCCUCUCUCCAUUCAUGUUUGCACUCAUUUUCCCUCCCCCCCCCUCUCUCCGUGCUAAAAAUCUGAUGAUCAUCAGGAGCAGCUAAAAGAAGGUCCAGUAAUCGAUCCCUUCUUCAUCCGACGCUCUCCUUCGACUUGCAGAGAUGCUCAGAUCAGUGAUAAGGGAGUUUAAGCCGAACACCGUCCGUCCUCUCGCGAAUCGCUUGGCCUGUUACACUACCGGCGGUGGCGAAGGAAGGCUUGCAGGUAAGGUAGCCCUGGUAACCGGAGGAGCAAGUGGGCUCGGGAGGGCCACGGCUCAUGAAUUCAUCAAAAACGGAGCCCGAGUUGUAAUUGCCGACAUCAACUCUCAGCUCGGGCCGGAGGUGGCGAAGAGUCUAGGCCCAUCAGCCCUAUUCGUUGACUGCGAUGUCGCCAAUGAGGCCCAAGUGGCCAGCGCCAUAGACACCGCCGUGGCCCACCAUAGAAGGCUAGACAUCUUGUUCAACUGCGCCGGCAUAUCCGGCCCCUCAGUCCCACCAAGCAUCGCAGACCUGGACCUGGACCAGUUUGACCGGGUCAUGCGGGUUAACCUCCGGGGUAUGGUUGCAGGGAUAAAGCAUGCCGCUCGAGUGAUGGUCCCUUCUGGCUCUGGGUCCAUCCUUUGUAUGUCCAGCAUCAGCGGGAUACUAGGAGGUCUCGGCCCACACCCCUACGCCGUGUCGAAGUUCGCAGUCCCUGGGCUGGUGAGGUCGGCGGCAAGCGAGUUGUGCCGGAGUGGGAUCCGGAUCAACUGCAUAUCACCCGCCCCGAUCCCAACCCCAAUGGCAGUGGGCCAGAUUGCGCAGUUCUACCCUGGGGCCACCCGCGAGCAGGUGGAGGGGAUCGUUAAUGGGCUUGGGGAGCUUAAGGGGGCCCACUGCGAGGAAAUUGAUGUGGCCCAGGCCGCAGUCUACUUAGCCUCGGACGAGGCAAAGUAUGUGACUGGCCAUAACUUGAUUGUGGAUGGAGGGUUCACUUGCUUCAAAAAUCUAAGUUUCCCUUCUCCUGAUCAAUUGGGGUAGAAUUGUUAAGAACUUUAAUAAUUUUUUGUUGAUUAAUGCUAAGAAUACUUAACCUUCGAAUGGCUGAUGUCGUGAAAAAUUCUCGGACUCGGAGCCCGUGCUCUUUGAGAAAUUAUUAUCUUGUCAAAUGUAUUAUGUGCUGUUUGUGCU